CAAACCUUCUAAAAGAUCAAGAAAUUUUUUGCUUAUCUAUAUUUCAAGGAAAUCAAUAUGAUCAGUGCUAUGAAACUCAUCAAGAUGGCAAGAAAAUGGCAAAAGUUUGUGGCGAAGCAGAGAAAGAGAAUUUCUUUUCCAAGAUCAAAUUACAAUGAUGCAGAGAGCUGUAGCACAUCAUCUUCUGUUGUUGGAAAAGGGCAUUUUGUGGUCUAUACAACUGAUCAGAAAAGAUUUGUUUUUCCUUUUUCUUAUCUUCAACACGAGGUAAUCGGACAACUAUUGCACAUGUCUGAAGAAGAGUUUGGACUUCCAAAUGACGGCCCUAUCACAUUACCUUGUGAUGAACUAUUCAUGAACUACAUCAUAUCACUCAUCAAAAGUGGUGUUGCAGCAGAUAUUCAGAAUGCUUUGCUCAUAGCAGUCGCUUCCAGCCGAUGCUCAUUAGUUUCUUACCUUCAUGAACAAAGAAACCCGCAAUUGCUAGUUUGUUAAGCUAGCUGUGAUAAAUUUUGUAGUGGAUACAUAAUACUGAA